AUGACUACGGACAAAAUCCAUCUUAUUAGAGAGAGACUUAAGACAGCUCAGAGUAGGCAAAAGAGUUACGCAGAUGUUAGAAGGAGGGAUCUGAAGUUUAGUGUGGGUGAUCAAGACUUCUUGAAGUUGUCACCUUGGAAGGGAAUUGUGCGGUUCGAAAAGCGGGGAAAGUUGAGCCCUCGUUUCAUUGGUGCUUAUAAGAUUACAGAGAAAGUUGGUCCUUUAGAGGAGCAUUUGACUUAUGAGGAGCAGCCGGUGGAGAUCUUGGAUCGAAGGGAUCAAGUACUUCGUACUAAGACCAUCCCUUUGGUGAAAGUAUUAUGGAGGAACCAUGCAGUGGAAGAAGCCAUUUGGGAACCUGAGGAGCAAAUGAGGGCUCAAUACCCACACCUCUUCUAA